AUGGCGUGCCCUGACGCUCCGCUAUGGCUCGCCGCCAUCAUCAAGGAGCUGGAGGCCUUUAUCGGCAACUCCUCUUUUGUCGAUGUGCCUCGCCCUCCCGCCCCUACGAACGUGGGGAAAGGAAAGUUCUCCAUAGACCUGGACGUGGACGCCCCCAAGGUGGCCAUCCCCGCUGACCCCUCGCCCCACGGGGAGCCGCCCACGCAGCUGCUGCUCGACUUCGGCCACUUCACCCUCAAGACCGACCAGGACGACCCAUCGUUGGAGGGCAGUGAGGCCAUGGCGGCGGCAGCGCUGUACACGCGGUUCAAGAUCACGGCCACCGACAUCUCCAUGUCCGUCGCCGAUGGGGCCUUUGACUGGCGGCGAUACCAGCAGCAGCAGCACGGUGGCACGGAUGGGGAGGCGGGUGCAGGGGAGGGCGGAUCAGGGGGGCUGCGUCUGGACUUGCUGCAGAAGUGUGGCCUCUCUGCCGUGCUGCACCAGCUACCCCACCACGCGCAUUGCCGUGUGGCUGCCGUGCCUCGCCUUCCACUACUCGCCCGCCCGCUACCGCCGGCCUCAUGCGCGCCCUCCGUGCGCUCUCCCCCCGCGCCGCCUCCUGCUGCUGAAGCCGACGCUGCAGAGGGCGGGGUGGCGGGCGAGGGUGAUGGGGCGGUGGCGGUGCGACCAUGGCAGCAGGCGGACCAGGCGGGCGAUGUGUGCCUGCUGCAGUGGACGCGCAUAGGCAGUGCAGCGGAGUGGGUGCCGUACUGGGCGGCACUGGUGGGGCCCACACUGUAUCUGCUGGACCACCCCGAGGCCACCAAGCCACACAAGCAAAUCAAUCUGAGCAGCGCCAUGGGGGUGCUGGACGUGCCUCCGCAGCACAUAGCGGGCUACCACCACGUCAUUGCCCUCGCUGCCCGGGGCGCUCAACCUGCCAAGGUGGUGCUGUCAGGGCAGGCGGUGGUGCUGCGGCUCAAGUCGGAGGCCCUCAAGGCGCAUUGGGCUGCACGCCUCACAACCGCACUCUACCAUGCCUCUGCGCCUGCCUCCAUGGACCUCCUCACCAACGAUGCCUUCUCCACCGAAGCACCUGAAGAAGCACCUGGUCAGAUGCCGCCCGCCUCACCUGAGCGACAUCUGGCCCCUAGAGAACCUUUGUCCCCGUCUGUGCGUGCGGCACCGGUGGUGGUGGAGGGGGAGGGUAUGGGGGCGGGAUCAGGGGGCGCGCAGGAGAAGCCGUUCCUCUACAUCAUGGGCGCGCUGGACGACCUGCGCCUCGCCAUCAGCUCCGUUCGGCGAGGGGCGGCGUCGUGGGACGAGGAGGAGAGGAUAAUCGAGAUCCGGGCGGCGGGGGGGAAGGUGGAGGUGCAGCAGCGUUCAGCGGACGUGGCGGUGGGGGUGGGUGUGCGCGAGGUGGAGGUGGAGGACUUCUUCCAGGGCGCUGGGGCCCUCGCCCCCACCUGCCGCCUCAUGGCACGCUCCCUGCUCGCCCCCCAUGCCGCUCCCACUGCUGCUGCUGCUGCUGCUCCGCGCAAAGGAGGGGGACACGCGGGCGGGGAGGAGCAGCAGAAGGGGCAGGAUGGGGGGGAGGGGGUGCCUGUCAGUGGCGGGAGCGGCGGUGGUGAGAGUGGUGGUGGAGGGAGUGGCAGGCACGCGGGUGCAGAUGUGGCGCCUGGGGCUGAGCAGGUGGCGCCAGACAUGAGCACACGGGAGACACUGGAGGGUGCUGCUGAGACAGGGGAUGAGGGAAUGAAAGAGGAGGGCACGGAAGGCAAGGAGAGCGAGGAGAGCAAGCAGGGCAAGGAGGAAGAUGAGGACGAGGAGGAUGAGGAUGAGGAUGGCUUUGCAGACGCAGAGGCGGAGUUCCUGCUGUCGCCCACGUCGUCAGGGGCGUCCACGCCACGCCACGGCGCAGCAACGCUUGAGGGCGAUGGAGGCGGGGGGUACAACGGUGCAGCAGAGUUCUUUGACGCGCGUGACUUCGCUCUGGAUGACGGCGACGCGGCCAAUGUGCCCAGCUUUGGCCGCGCGGGGCGGUUGCUGCCCGACAUGGGGUGGCAGCACGCAGAGGCGAGCAAGCGACGUGCGAGGCAGGGGGAGGGCGAGGAGGAGGAAGGGGGGGGGAGGCGAGGAGGAGGAGGAGGAGGGGGAUUUUGUGGUGGUGCAGAUUGGCAUGUACCAGCCGUCAUCGCCCAGCUACACUGGUGUUGA